CCGCCUCUCUUCGCCCACGCUUCGAACUCAUCCCGUCUUCAUCCCCUCGCAGCCAGCGCACUCUUCGAAGUCAAGCCCGAAUCACCGCCGUUACACUGGCAAACACACGAGCGCCCAGCCGCUUGGUGCGCGGCGGCUCCGACGCCAUGGUCGGCACCAAGCGACGUCGCUCGCCUGAGGCAGACGACGGCACACGGAGACGCGGGCAUCACGACGGCGACGAGCAUCGCGACGCGAAGCGCCUCCGCUCCCACUCACCUCUACUACCCUCACAACUAUGCCGCACGACGCGCCAGCUGUCGUCCCGGCGCGACGUCUUCGCCACUCUCUCCGACGAGCUGCUCCUGCGCAUCCUCUCCUUCAUGGACGAGCGGGCGCUCCUCGACGUCUCUCCCGUGUCGCGGCGCUUCCACCGCGUCGCCGCCGACUCACAGCUCUGGCGGCCGCACUACUACCGCCGCUUCAUCCUGCCGCGCGCCCACCGUAUUCCGGGCUUCCGCACCGCCAACGUCCGGAGCUCCAGCAAGCUCCAUUACUCGAGCCAUAGGCACAUGUGGGCCGACGGCGGAUGGGGCCGCCGCGGAGGCCACGUCCUCGCUGACACCGCCCCCGCCGACAGCGAUGCGGCCGCUGCCAUUGCCGACUCGGUCAACUGGAAGAAGCAGUACCGCCUGCGGCACAACUGGGCCCGCGGCCGCUGCGCCCUCGACGAAGUGCCCGUCCGCGAGCCCGAGCGCAGCCCCCCACCCGAGUGGCAGACCCUCGUCAAGGUCGUCGACGGCCUGGCUGUUACCGCCGACACCGAGUUGGGCCUGCGCGCCUGGGACCUCAAGACGCGCAAGGCCAUUGCCCAGAGGAACAUCCGUUCUGCCGACGGCGUGUUGUCGCAGCCGACGUGUCUGGCCGUCGAUGACCAGCACCUAGCGCGGGGCAUGCUGGACAUUGCGACGGGCUUUGACGACGGCACCUUUGGCAUCUGGCGGUUCGACGCGAGGCGGAAGAAGCUGACGCUGGUUCAUCGCCAGGCCAAGGGCUACUUUGGCGAGCUCGUGGCUGUUGCGUACAGACAUCCAUAUGUGCUAACGGCGACGAGACUGGGCUUCAUCACGCUCUAUACAUUCGAUCACGGUGAGCAAGGCACAGCAGGAGAAGGUGCGGGAGACGCGGGGCCACUGCCUCGGCAAGACGAGCCAUCCGCCCCACGAGGCAAGGACGCCGAAGAUGCUCUGCUUCCGCCGCCGCGGCAACUCACUUCGCUCAAAUCGCAUAGCACACGUCUCCCGCUCGCCUUGUCAAUACGAAGCAUGGCCACCUCGGUGGUGGCCUCGAUCGCGUACACAUUCGACGCCGUUGGUGGAUGGGCCAUUGGCGUCCAGGAUCUUGACAUCAAACCGUCCGAGACGUCCCGGCCGGAUGUCGUUUCUUCGCGUGUCGCCUACACCUUGCCCACACAGACACGCAAGUCGGCAACGCCCUCUCCCGACUCGACGCCCACGCGGACCGCGGCGCGCUCGCCCAGGCACGUCCCCGGCUCAAGGAACGCGGGCGACGACGAUGACAACGACGACGACGGGCCCAUCCGGCUCUGCUACAGCCACCCCUACCUCCUGGCCACGCUUCCCGACAACACCCUGGUGCUUCACCUCUGCACGUCGACGGCUACGUCCCUGUCCAUGUCCCCGGGCAUCCGGCUCUGGGGCCACACGUCGGGCAUCUCGGACGCGGAGAUUACGCCGCGCGGUAAGGCCGUCAGCGUGAGCACGCGGGGCGACGAGAUUCGGGUGUGGGAACUCGAGGGCCGCGUCGGUGGCAGCAGUGUGGAGGUCAAGCCCAGGCUGCACGACGAUGCGCCAGGCAGCAGCGGCGACGAGCGACGGCCAGGCUCCCGGGGCUCGGAUGCGGGCGAGGACAAGAAGAACUGGGUGGGGUUCGACGAUGAGAUGGUGGUGGUGCUCAAGGAGGCACGCGACGGGCGCGAGAGCCUGAUGGUGUACGACUUUACAUGAGUCCAUGCAUGCAGAGCGAUUGGAUGCGGGCGCCUCGAGGCAGACAUGGGACUGACGCGUGAUGGCUGCUUAGGAGCCUCGGGCACCCGCGGCUGAUGGCUCACGAGGGGCUCGCGAGGCAGACGAGAUGGACAAGAUGGCCGGGCAAGCAUUGGCUUGGCCCUGCGGCGUCAUCCCGGGACCUUGCACCUCACUGGCCAUGCCACUGGCCUCAAUAUGAUUACGACUGCUGCGCGCUGGCAGGGACAACUGUCGGUGGUCGAGGCUCGCGAGAGCUCACGGCCCGAGCCUCCCCCCGUCGGCGAGGAGUCGACGUGGAGCCGGCCGCCCGCCAGGCAUAGAGGCCGUGGCAGGGGCUGGUGAUGCAGCCUUUUCAGAAGCUGCAACGUUGAACCGCAACGGCAGGUGUGACGGCACCGCUGCUGCCUGCCGCUGCUCGGCAACGAGGGGAGCGUCUUCAUAGAGGUGACGAUGCCGGGACAGGAGAUGAAUAUGUCGGGCCGAGGAAAGCAAUGAAGGCACUGUAACUCUACAAGCAACAAUGACGACGGGCCUGCAAGGCAACAAGCCGCCCAAGCUAUGCUAGUAUACACCUCUGUACUUCAUAUUACACUAGAAGUGGAGCACAUGCUACCAUGUUUUGACUGGC